AUGAGUAGUAUUCUCAGUUGGAAUGUGAGGGGUAUUAAUACCCAGGGUGUCAUGGAAAGACUUCAAUCCCUGAAGAGUAUCCAUCAGAUUUCCUUAUUUGCUAUCCUGGAACCUUUUUCUGAUAGCUCUCAAAUUCAUCAGUUCAGAAACCAGCUUAACAUGGACAAUGCUAUUAGCAACCCAAAUGGUAAGAUUUGGUUGUUUUGGAACAAAGAUGUGGAUUGUAGGAUUCUGGAAAAUGGGGAACAGCACUCAAAUACAACCCUCCCUUGGUGUACCUUAGGUAACUUCAAUGUUAUCACUGAACCUGAAGAGAAACUGGGGGGUGUUACCUACAAUAUGAGAAAGAGCUUGGAGUUCAUAAGCAUCAUUCAAGCCUGUGGUCUUCAGGAUUUGGGAUUCUCUGGACAGAAAUACACUUGGUCUAAUCAGAGGGGUAUCUUCUUUAGAAUCUGGAAGAGAUUAGAUAGAGGUAUGGUCAAUGACAAAUGGCUGGAAGUGAUGCCUCAGACUACUAUCACUCACUUACCUACUGUUGGCUCUGACCAUUGCCCUCUCCUGUUAGAGUUCACUGAGCACCAUCAACACCACAUCAAGUAUUUUAAAUUCAUGAAUUGUUGGACAGACCACCACUCCUUCAUGGAUACUGUUAGCAACUGCUGGAACAGGAACAUUGAGGGUAAUCCCAUGUGGUGUUUUCAUCAGAAAAUGAAGAGAUUAUCUAAUACUCUUAGUAGGUGGUCCAGGAUGCAGUUUGGGGACAUCUAUGCUAAGGUGAAAGAGUAUGAAGCCAAGGUUAGACAAGCUGAGGAGGAUCUGAUUCUUCUUAACUCUGAGGAAUGUAGAGCCAAUCUUCAUGCCAUCAAUGCUGAGUAUAUUAGAUAUCUUAAGUUGGAGGACUCCAUGCUCAAACAAAAGACUCAGUUGCAAUGGUUCAAAGAGGGGGACAAGAACUCCAAGUACUUUCAUGCAAUCAUCAGAGGAAGAAGAAGGAAACUCUUCAUCCAUAGGAUUCAAAAUGAUGAAGGUAACUGGUUGCAAGGGGAUGAUGACAUAGCUAGGGCUGCUUGUGAUCAUUUCCAGAAUAUUUUCACUGGUGAAGACACUCAUAUUCAGGAGGAUGCCCUUCAAUGUAUUCCUAAGCUUGUCACAGAUGAUCAAAACAGAGACCUCCAAGCUCUCCCCACCUUAGAGGAACUGAGGACUGUGGUCUUCUCUAUAAACCCCAACUCAGCAGCUGGCCCUGAUGGAAUGAAUGGUAAGUUUUUUCAGGAGUGCUGGGAGAUCAUCAAAGAAGAUCUAUUCAGAGUGGUCCUUUCUUUCUUUAAUGGUCAAACAUUGCCUAAGUACUAUACGCAUACCUGUUUGGUUUUACUCCCAAAAGUAAAUUAUCCAACCAAGCUCUCAGAAUUCAGGCCUAUUAGCCUUAGCAACUUUACCAAUAAGAUUAUUUCCAAGCUUUUAUGCCUCAGACUAGCACCUACUCUUCCUACUCUUAUUUCCCCUAACCAAUCUGGUUUUGUUAAAAAUAGGAGUAUCUCUGAGAACAUCAUGCUAGCUCAAGAAAUCAUUCACCAAAUUGAGAAGCCUAAUGUAUGUGGUAAUGUGGUCAUUAAGCUGGAUAUGGCCAAGGCCUAUGAUAGAGUCUCUUGGUCCUAUAUCUGUUUGGUCUUGAGGAAAAUGGGCUUUGGAGAAGGGUUCAUUGAUAUGGUAUGGAGAAUUAUGUCUCACAAUUGGUAUUCCAUCAUUAUUAAUGGCUCAAGACAUGGUGUUUUUCACUCCACAAGAGGUCUGAAGCAAGGGGACCCUUUUUCUCCCUCUCUGUUCAUCCUUGGGGCUGAAGUUUUAUCUAGACUCCUGAACAAUCUCCAUCAUCAUCCUAAUUAUCAGGGUUUCUUCAUGGCAAAGAGGGGGCCUCAAAUUAAUCAUCUCAGCUUUGCAGAUGAUGUUAUCAUCUUUUCUUCUGGGAGAGCCCAAACUUUGCAACUCAUUAUGGAAACCUUGCACACUUAUGAGAGUACCUCUGGUCAGCUGAUCAACAGAGACAAGAGCCAGUUCAUGGUCCCUUCUAAUGCCUUCAAUUCUACUGUAAGAAGAAUUAAGAAGGUCACUGGCUUCAGGCAAAAGGAUAUCCCUAUCACUUAUCUGGGGUGCCCUCUUUACAUUGGCAGACAAAAGCUCAUAUAUUACUCUGAUUUGAUUGCCAAGGUUGUGAAUAGAAUAACAGGGUGGCAGGCUAAGAUCCUCAACUAUGGAGGCAGAGUCACUUUGGUUAAACAUGUCAUCCCAGAACUCCCCAUCCACCUGUUGUCAGCUAGCUCCCCUCCUGUAACCAUUCUCAAACAGAUUCAGAGUAUCACUGCAAACUUCUUCUGGGGGUGGAAGAAUGACAAGAGGAAGUACCACUGGUCUUCCUGGAAAAACCUUAGCUACCCCUAUGAUGAAGGUGGUAUUGGUGUUAGACAACUCUCUGAUAUGGCCAAGUCUUUCCAAUAUAAACAGUGGUGGACUUUUAGAACUAAGAACUCACUAUGGGGAGAUUUUACCAAAGCAAAGUACUGCCAAAGAUCCAAUCCCAUCACCAAGAAAUGGCACACUGGACAAUCUUUGAUAUGGAAGCAUCUUAUGAAGAACAAGCACAAAGUUGAGCCUCACAUCCAAUGGCAAAUACAGUCUGGCUCUUGCCUCUUUUGGUGGGACAACUGGUUGGGAGUGGGUCCUUUAUCCCAAUUCAACAACAACAGCUGCAGGCUUAACAACACCACUGUUUCAGCCUUCAUGGACAAUGGACAAUGGAACACUGAUCUUCUCCUCCAGCAGGCCCCUCCACAGAUGGUGUCUAAUAUUCUUGCUACUCACAUCAAUUACCAACCCCUCCAGCAGGACCAACCAUGUUGGACACUAAACAACAACGGGGAGUUUAGAUGUUCUUCUGCUUGGAAUAUCAUCAGAGACAAGAGACCCAAAACCAGGAUUAACUCCAAUACCUGGCAUCAAUUCAUACCUUUCAAAUGUUCCUUUCUUGUUUGGAGAGACCUUAGGGGAAAGUUACCAACCAAUGAGAAAAUAACCAGCUUUGGACACUCUCCUUCACAAUGCUUUUGCUGCUACAGACCUGGCCAAGACACUAUAGACCAUAUCUUUGUUGCAGGAGCAUUUGCCAGGAGUACUUGGAGUAUGUUUGCUGACUCUGUGGGCAUAAGCAAGGAGUACACACCUCUUAGAAAUUUGUUAAUGAGAUGGUGGACCUCUAAAUGCAGAAAUGAGGCUCACAAGCUCAUGAUACAAGCACUCCCUAUCUUCAUAUGCUGGAACCUCUGGAAGAAUAGAUGUGCUUCAAAAUAUGGAGGAAAGCAUUCUAACCUUGCAAGAGUAAAGUUCUCUGUCUUUAAAGACACUUCCCACUUGCUGCACAGUGCUUUUCCCUAUAUCAACUGGCCAAACAACUGGAGGGACCUGGUUCUAUUGGUUGAGAAAUGCUACCAUGAUAUCAAGAUUAUCCCUAUAUGCUGGUCCAAACCCUCUGACCACCUGCUGAAGCUAAACACUGAUGGCAGUGCCCUCAACACCCCUGGGUACAUUGGAGGAGGAGGAAUCCUUAGGAAUGCAUCUAGUGAACUCAUGUUUGCUUAUGCAAUCCCUUUAGGGACUAGAACUAACAAUCAAGCAGAGAUCAAAGUUGCUAUCUUUGGUCUCUCUUGGUGCCUCCAUCUUGGUUAUAUGCAGGUUAUUCUAGAGGUUGAUUCCCAGCUACUCCUUAAAUGGCUGCAACAUGAAGCAAAGCCUCCAUGGUCCAUCAAAGAGAUGCUGGACAAACUCAAUACCAUCAUCCUCAAUUUCCAAGAGUUCAGUUGUAACCAUGUUUUCAGGGAAGCCAACUCUACAGCUGAUAUUCUUUCCAAGCACAGUCAUAAGUGCACUGCCCCUGAACUCUAUUUCAACACGCAUGAUCUCCCCAAGGAAGCUAGAGCCCACAUGGAGUUAGAAUUGCUGGGCAUGGUAAUUACAAACUUGUACCUCCUCAUCCUUCCCUUGGAGGCACCCCCUUAUAUGUCCCAUGGUGCAGCAGGAGCAGGAUGCAUCAGGUACCAUAAGGAGCUGAUCCUGAUCACAACUAAGGGUCCCCUCUUGGAAGUAGCUUGCAACAACAUGCAUCUUAACCUCCUUUACUAUGAAAGUUCAAGAUACCUCAACAAAAGAGAAACAACAACUUGGCAUGCUAGGACUUCACCAAAUAGUCAGCCUCUCACUCAAGCCAACACCCUCCCUACAACAUCUGUAACUAAACUUCAGCAGAGUGCCUGGAGUGCUGUAUCAACAUUCUUUAACAACCAAUACAUAGAGAAAAGCACAAUUACAACUUCCAACCACCCUGCAGCAUUUAAGCUUCAGCAGGGCAGCAGGCUGUUGGAGAUCACCAACAUGCUUUAA